UAACCGAAUCUCAUUCUCAUCCCAUAAAACAAAAUCAUAGUGACGAGAAAAAUGUCCAAGAAAUCAGCAAUAGCAUUGCUAGUCACACUCCUGGUGGUGACGAAGAGCAUCGCCGUCGUCCCUGACGGCGAUGCCCCGGUUCUGGAGCUAUACAUGCACGACAUCCUCGGCGGCAGCAACCCGACAGCUCGGCCCGUGACGGGGCUCCUUGGCAACAUCUACAGCGGGCAAGUCCCCUUCGCCCGCCCCCUCGGCUUCCAACCCCCGAAGAACGGCGUGGCCAUCCCCAACGCCAACGGCGCCAUCCCCACCAUCAACGCCAACGGCAUCCCCCUCGGCACCGGCCUCGCUGGCACUGCCUUCGCAGGAAACCCUAACAACAACAAUAUUAACACGGCCCAGCUGGGGCCGGACGGUUUGGGGUUGGGAUUUGGCACGAUCACGGUGAUAGACGACUAUUUGACGGCGGCACCAGAGGUGGGGUCGCAGCAGGUGGGGAAGGCGCAGGGGGUGUACGUGGCGAGCUCGGCGGACGGGACGACGCAGAUGAUGGCGUUCACGGCGAUGAUGGAGGGAGGGGAGUUUGGGGAUAGUAUUAACUUCUUUGGGGUGUAUAGGAUCGGGAGUAGCAUGUCGAGGCUGUCGGUGACGGGGGGGACGGGGAAGUUUAAGAAUGCGUGCGGGUUUGCGGAGGUGAGGUCGCUGAUUCCGGCGGGGCAGCAUGUUUUGGAUGGGGUUCAGACGCUGCUCAGGAUGACUGUGCAUCUUACUUACUGAUUCAUUUCAUUUCUGUAUGUAUGUUGUGGGAUUGGUAGUUGAUUGGUGUGCUAAUGUAAUACUCCAUGCUGCUGCAGAAAAUGUCAAGCAGCAUAUAUUUCUACAUAUACUGCGUGCUGUGCUCCUGUUUGUAUUUACUUGGGAUUUUUCGUAUACUUACCAGAAUGAAGAAAAAAGAAUUACUA